AUGAGUACUGAAGCAGAACAGCAGCUUCUCCAUGAUGCUAGAAAUGGAAAUGCUGAAGAAGUUAAGCAGCUGCUGGAUACCAUGGAAAAAGGAGAAAUAAGCUUUGAUAUCAACUGUAAAGGCAGAAGUAAAUCUAAUAUGGGUUGGACACCUCUUCACCUUGCUUGCUACUUCGGACAUGCUGUUGUCGUAGAGGAUUUGCUGAAGGCUGGUGCAGAUGUGAAUGUGCUGAAUGACAUGGGGGACACUCCACUCCAUCGUGCAGCUUUCACAGGACGUAAGGAGGUGGUGAUGUUACUCCUGCAGCAUAAUGCUGAUACUUCUAUUGUUAAUGGGAGUGGAGAGACUGCAAAAGAAGUUACGUAUGAUAAAGACAUAAGGAAUAUGCUGGAAGCAGUGGAAAGGACACAAGAAAGGAAAUUGGAAGAACUCCUCUUAGGAGCAGCAAGAGAGGGGGAAACAGGGAAGCUAACUGCCUUGUUGAACAAGCCCAAACCCCCUGAUAUCAACUGUACAGAUCAGAUGGGGAACACGCCAUUGCACUGUGCCGCAUACCGUGCUCAUAAGCACUGUGCAUUGAAACUUCUGAAAAAUGGUGCAGAUCCUAAAAUAAGAAACAAAAAUGAUCAGACACCCCUUGAUCUAGCUCAAGGUGCAGAAAUGAAACUGAUUCUGGCAGGUAAAACUGGAAAGAUUAUCAACAAACCCCUGAGACGGUAUGAAGGCCUCCUAUGGAAGAGCUCGCGAUUUUUUGGUUGGAAACUCUACUGGAUAGUUCUAGAACAUGGAGUCCUUUCCUGGUAUCGCAGACAAGCUGAUGCAGUGAAUAAUGACCAUCGUCAGGGAUGCAAGCAUUUAACACAAGCUGUCUGCACGGUAAAAUCUACAGACAGUUCCUUCUUUUCUGUCAGAUGUUUUGAUGACACUGUUCAUCGUUUCAAGAUUCCUAAAAACAGCCUUCCUUCUCAAACUAGAGAGAGUUGGCUGGAAGCAAUAGAAGACCACUCUGCAUAUAGCACUCAUUACUGCACACAGGAGCAGUUGAGUAGUGAUGAUGAAGAUGACACAGUAUCUGUUACAGACCUACAGGAUACUCUGAAAAAAGCACAAGCAUGCCAACAAAGACUCAGUAAAGAGAUUUCAGACUUUCUUGCAAUGGUUAAAUCUUUGGAUGCUACAAAAGGAAUAUCUUUUCCCAUCCUGCAAAAAGUUGACGUCGUCUCUGAAGUAUCUCAGGAAACGUGUGAGGCUCUGGCUGACUGCCUCAACCUGUUCACAAAGCAAGAAGGG